AUGAAAACAAGCACAUUUUAUCAAGAACAUUUAUUGCAUCACCAGUAUUCAAUGCUUUCUUCUCGAGAUUAUCGCAAUAUAAGAAAAAAAAACAAAACACAAAUGUUCGAAAUACGUCUGUCUGGCGAGAAUCUUUCGACAUUGUCGGUUUUACCACCAUCCGACACCAACAAUGACAUUCAUGUUAUAUUAAGUUCGAAUGGAACAGGGAAAAUCGUUUCGUCUCUUUGGACAUCGAUAUUCACCGAUGGUCGUGUGCGUUGUCUUUCAUUGAUUAAUCUUCAAUUAUAUCAAAGCGAUGCUCGUAUUAUAGCAGAAUACUUACGUGAGCAAAAUUCUUUGAUCGAAUUCACCGUAGAUGCAGUUUUACAAUCAGUAUUCUCGUUUGAUCACAUUCUUAACGAAGGAUUACAGAAGAAUAAGAGCAUACAAAAACUAGUCUUAUCAAAUUUAGAUAAUGUUGAUGCAGCAACCAUCGCCAGUCUUAUACAACAUAAUACGAUGAUUAAAUUUUUAUCUUUAACGCAUGAUAAUAUAUCGCCGGAUGGUGGUGCGAUUAUUGCUGAUGCACUUCGAUCGAACUCAACGUUAAUCUCACUUGACUUAAGUCAUAAUCGAAUAGGUGAAAAAGGAAAAAUUGAAUUUACAAACAUUCUUCAGAGUCGACAUCCAAGUUUAACUCAGAUUCAUCUAGACAAUAAUGUACAUGAUGAAAAUCAAUCGAUAACAGGUCAAAGUUCUAAUCCAACAUUGCCGUCUGAACGAGAACCAAUGUUAAUUGAGACAAAGUCCACGAUUACCAAUGAAAAUUCGACGGAAAUCAAAAGCAAAUGGCAAUUUCUCUCAACUAUUCUGGUCACAUUUCUCUUCUUUCUUUGGGGAAUACCAAAUCAAUUGAACGAUGUAUUAAUUCGACAAUUUUCCAAAGCUUUUGUAUUAUCUCGUUUUGAAGCUGGUCUCGUUCAGUCAGCCUUCUACAUUGGAUAUUUCACAUGGGCAUUGCCAGCUGCUUAUGUUAUUCGCCGUUGGGGUUAUAAAACUGGUAUUCUCCUUGGCUUAGGUCUUUUUGGUACAGGCGCGUGUCUAUUCUGGCCAGCAGCUCUCAUUGGACAGUAUACACCUUUUCUUAUUUCACUCUUUGUCAUUGCAACUGGUUUGGGUUUCCUUGAAACAGCUGCCAAUCCUUUCAUUGCAAAUGCUGCCGGACCGGCACAUUCAUCUGAAAAACGUUUAAAUAUUGCUCAAGCAUUUAAUCCUCUAGGUGCAAUUACAGGUGCAUUAAUUGGAACAUUGUUUAUAUUUUCAGGGAUUGAAUUAACCGAUCAACAAGUGAAGCAAUUACAAAUGAAUAAAACAUAUGAUGCCUAUUUGAAACAAGAAACUCUACGUGUGGUUAAGCCUUAUGUUAUUCUGGCGUGUGUAACAUUCUUCUGGGCUAUAUUGAUUGCAUUAGUACCAUUUCCAGCGAAUACAAAAACGACGAAAGAAAGAGAAAACGAGAGUAGUACACUAUGUCGACCGUUAUUUUUAGUUUCGAUCGUUGCACAAUUCGCUUAUGUCGGAGCUCAGGUUGGAACAUGGUCGUACUUUAUUCAAUAUGCACAAGAUUAUGUGAAAGUGGAAGAAAAAUUAGCUGGUUAUUUAUUAACUGGAACAUUGGUUAUGUUUGCACUCGGUCGUCUCAUAUCAGCUUUACUAAUGCAUUUUGGUUUCUCACCAGCAAUACUUUUAGCUUUAUUUUCAAUGAUUAAUGUGUUAUUGAUUGCGAUUACUAUUCUCGUGCCGAAUACCAUUGGUUUCGGUGCAUUAUUCUUCACAUCGUUCUUCAUGUCAUUGAUGUUUCCAACAAUAUUCGCAUUAGGAAUUAAAGGCAUGAAUGGGCAAACCGCGAAACUAGCUGGCUGCCUUCUUGUGAUGUCAAUCAUUGGUGGAGCUGUUUUAACACCACUGAUGGGGUUAAUUGCAAGCAAGACUGGACGCUUAUAUUUAGCAUACACAGUUCCAGGUGGAGCAUAUCUUUUCAUAGGAAUCUAUGCAUUAUUGGCUUAUGUCUUGACAACAGAAAGCGAACUUUCAUCAUAG